AUGGACUUCGAGGGCACUAUGCUGAGUGACACAAUCUGGGGGACUGUGACGGCCAUCUCGGUGAAAACCCCGUCGGAAGUCCUUCGGGCCGCCAGAGGAAGGAGCGUCACCCUGCCUUGCACGUACGAGACUUCUGCCCCCGACCGGCAAGGGUUUAUCCAGUGGGACAAGCUUCGGUGGAGCCAAACGGAAAAGGUGCUCAUCUGGCAGUUUUUGACCCAAAGCUACAUCUACGGCGACCUGUAUAAGAACCGCGUCAACAUAUCGAGCAGGGCGGAGCAGUCCGAUGCGUCCAUCACCAUUGGCCAGCUGACCAUGGACGACAACGGCACCUACGAGUGCUCGGUCUCCCUGCUCACCGACCUGGAUGGCACCUCCAAGGCCCGCGUCCGCCUCCUGGUCCUCGUACCACCCUCCAAACCGGAGUGCGGCAUCAAGGGCGAGACCGUGAUUGGGAACGACAUCCAGCUGACCUGCCAGUCAAGGGAGGGCUCCCCGGCCCCUCAGUACAGCUGGAAGAGCUUCAACCUGCUGAACCAGGAGCGGAAAGUCCCGCCAGGCACCGGGCAGACCCUGACGCUGAGGAACAUCUCCACGGACACGUCGGGUUUCUACAUCUGCACCUCCAGCAACGAGGUGGGGACGGAGUCCUGCAACAUCACCGUGACUGUCCGACCGCCCUCCAUGAACGUGGCCCUGUACGCGGGCAUCGCGGGUGGUGCUGUGGCGGCCCUCAUCCUCGUCAGUGUCCUUGUCUACUGCUGCUGCUGCCGGGAGAAGGGCGAGGACGAGACCAGGCCGAGUCGGUCCAUCUACCGGGAGCCUCCGGAGCAGCUGAGGCGACUGUCCAGAGGGCAGGAAGAGGAGGAUGACGCCAAUCACGGAGACCAGGGGAGCGACGGUCGCCAGUCCCCUGACUACGCUGUCUGA